UCGAAGGACGCCCCUGUCUGAACUUCCGAAGCGUUCCCAAUAAAAUUAUUUAUAAAAAAUGUGAAAAUUAUAAUAAAUACCCGAUUAAAUAUAUUGAAUUAAAGUUGUGAUAUUAGUUUUAGUAAGUAAGAAUCAAAUUCUUGAUUCAAGAUGAUGGAACACGUGCGAAUAUUUGAUUGGUGCUCCUCAGCACAUGAUAGGUACUUUGUAGAGGAAGCAGACUUAGAUAAUUGCAAUACUGAAAAAAUCCUGAGGAAUAAGUUCAUUGACCCUCUAGUAUCUAGCGACUCUGAAGAUGAAGCUCCUAAGAAAAUUGACUGGGAUGAAGUAUUUCAAGAUAAAAAGACUCACAAUGGCAGAUUGCAUGUGCCAUGUCUCCGUGGAGUAGCUCAGUACCCAAAGUUGUCUAAAUUGACUCCUAACAAACAGUAUCAGAUGUUAAAGGUUUUAUGUACUGAGAAUCCUCAUAUUUUAGGAGAUUUCUUUAUAGGCAAGCCUUCCAGGCAGGACUUUAAAGUAUUUGAGACUGAAAAAGAGACAUAUUUAGCUGAACAAAAAGAGUACAGAGACUGGGCGAAGACAAUCUGGACAACUGAUCACUUUAUUCGUGCUUUACGACCGAAACCAUUAGUGGAGGCUGUGUACGAGGCAGAGUUCAAAAUGAAAGCAUUACGGAUGCGCAGUCUACCCAAGCAAUAUGAUUUGGCUGCUCAGAUAACUCUUGAUAGUACGAGGAGUAACUGUGAUGCUGUGCUUAAACAGGAAUUGAUUGGUGUGUCUCCAGCGGAAGUACCUUUAAUUCAAUUGCCAAGGAAAAUAACAAAAGCAAUCAAUAUUAUUACACCUUGCACAGUGCCAGAGCCAUGCCAGAAACAUCCUUACCAAAUUGUAUUACCUCAUGAAAAUACACUAUCAAUGUUGCCAAUAACAGAGGUACACAAAGAGCUGGCAACCUUUGCAUGGACCAAUGGGGUACAGUACAUAGCCAGUGAAAAUGCUCUGAAGUGUCUUGUACAGUGGAACCGAUAUUGGACAAUACCACUGUCUGUUUGUGAGAGCCUUAGUCCUGAUGGCGACAAAGCUAAUGUAGUAGUAUUGGACAGUGAGUUCUCAGUAAAAAAAGAAGUUGCACCAAUCAGGACAUACAAAGCGUUCAGACAUUUACUAGAAUCCACACUUAUACCGUUAGCAGAAAAGGAGAAAGCAAGGAAGAAUUAUAUAAAUAAAGAAAAGCCAAAGGAAAUAGGUGCCAAAUUCUAUGUGAAUGCAAAAUCUAUAUUUGAAAGCAGCGAGUUAUCAAGUGAUGAGGAGGAGGAAAGUUUAUUUAUUGAUACAGGAGAGGUCACAGAGGACUCACCAAACCCAAAUAAGAAGAUGAAGACUGAGGAUAGCGUGAGAAGGUCGGCUCGACUGAUGAGUAACGAGAGCAUUGGAUACAAUACCAGGGCUGCUAGUCGCAGGGUCAGUGAGGAGUGCCAGGACAUAGGAGUCUAUAGCUGCACUUGUAAAGAUACGAUCUAUGAAAAGCCUCCACGUCGUUCCUAUAAAAAGUGGCAGUUUAGAAACAAAACAGACAAUGAACACCUCGACAUUAUCAUACAUUGUCCACACAAAGCAAGGGAUGGCUCAAGGGAACUAAUAUUUGAACCAACACCAGAAUACCAGUUGGAUUUAGGAGCCAGUGAACAAUCCAUAGACAGCUUGCGAAGCGUCGCCCUUUCACUCGCGCUCAGGAAGAAUGCUGCUGUAGUAAAUGUUCGCGUGGAUGGAUCGGGAGGUGACAUAGCAACGAUCGAUCAGCUGACUGCCGAAAGGUUUACAAAAAAACACCCUGACAUGACACGACAAGUCAUCACCGCCGUGCAUACCACACUCAGUCAGUUACAGGGGCUACUGCCUGGGCACUAUGUACUGCUACAUGAGCCAAGUCAUGGAGCAAAUAGUUUGCUUCUAUCGUCCCGGUCUGGCCGUGGCGCUCGCCUACUGCUACAGUUCGACAGCUCCCAGCUGGCCGAGGCGGACGAAGCACGCAUGGUGCGCAACCCGCCUAUAAUCAGCAAUGCACUACUACCAUACCACAAAUACCGUAAAAUCCUACCCUGCGCCUUCACGCCUUACGAGUCACAAUUAGCCAAAGAGAUCAAAAAACCGGCGACUAAGAAGAAAACCCCACCACAAGCUCUCAAGUUGCAAGCGGAGCAGCCGGAUAGCGAGGCCAGUCCAAAGGUACCAUUGGGGUUAUCCAACGAAUUUGUCUUUCUUCCCGACGUAAAGUAUCACACUGAGUUCAAUGGCUUACAGAGAUUAGCCUGGUAGUUCCACUGGGACCGGUAGUCAAAUGUAAAUAGUGUAUACAACCACUAUUUACAUUAGUUCAUCAUGCUUUUAUGUUUUGCUGCUUUAUAUACUUGUGUAAUUAUGUAAUGUACAUUUGAAACUUUAUUUUUUGUGCAAACUGCUUGUAUACAUUGCCAUUCAUUCCAUCUUUCCAAAUCUAUUUUGUUCUUAAUGUAUAUAUUUUAUGAGCGCCUUGGCUUCGAAUAUAUUUGCAAAAAACAAAAUAUCGAACUGCAUGCCUGGAAUUAUACAUUAUGUUUAUUAUUUAUGCGUUUGAUUUAAACCUCAGUAGAACUAUCGAACUAAUCUCUGGAUAAUGUCGGUUUGCUGAUUCGGAUGGAGCACGAUUUACUCGAUUACCAACCAGCGCAAUCAACGGAGCAGGGCUAAGGACGCGUAAGAUAAAAAAAUAGAUUUUCAUUCAUUUUGACUGAUGAUUCAGUUUUAACUUUCUUUCAUUUUCUGUGCAUAAUUAUUAUAACACAUUCAUUUGAAACCUCUUUAAACUAACGCGAUCCCUCCGUUGAUUGAUCUUAUAAUUUACAUCAUACAGUAAUAAUAACUGUAGUAUCAACAAGUUUUGGCCCAACAAAUUGUUGGGCCGAACUAUUAGCCUGCUUUUCUUGGCAGACAACAAGUUUCAAAGUAGGUUCUCCAGUGGCGGAUCGACUGGAUAUAAAGGCUGUGCUACAAAAGCAAGCCCAUAUGGACUCAAUGACUCAAGAGUUCCCCUCCACGGAAAUACCAGAGUGUAGUGUUAAAUAAAACCAGAGCAAAACGUAUCGCGGCUGCUUUUACAACCUCUCAUCUUUCAGAUCUAAGAAUAUCAAAAUCAAUCUUAAGUUAAUAUUGAGCUUUGCUCAAUGAAUUCCAGUUUUGUUGUUAGUAACAACCACUAUGGAGGCACUGAGAUGUGCGUUAACUGCACCUUCGUACCAUGAUCUGCACAAUUUUGAAAUUAUACUAUUACUACUUUUUGCAAGCUAAUAUGCAUUUUGAAUGAAAAUAAGCAUCUUCUAGCCCUAUUUUGAUAUAUUCCAGUUAUGAAAAAUUAAAAGCUUCGUUUGAAUCAUAAAUAGAGAGGACCAUAUCCGCCACUGAGAUUUCCCUUAAAGUACUAACAAAUACCUAAUUAGGAAGAAGCAGCCGACUGAUACUUAGAAAUAAAAUAAUUUAUAGUUUUCAGUGUAAAAAGAUCAAACUUUGGCUUAUUCUUUAAAACUCAGUUGUGCCUAAUAUCUUAAUAGCAAAAUAUAAUAUAAAGGAAAUAAUUUAAAUAAAUAGUUUCAGCUUUAUGUACGGUAUCCGUUACCCAGGUCAGAUGUUGUCGGAAAUGUUUGAAUCUUAUAGAUAAUUAGUUUUGCGGCUUCUGUAAUUGUUUCGAAAAUUUUUAAAUUUGUUGCGCUUAGUUUU